AUGAAGGACGACUUCGAAAUGUGGCAAGAUAAAGUGGAAAGGGUGGACCUAAUCGAGCUCUCCUCAAAUGCACGCUACGAGUUCGCAAUUUCCUAUUGGAAAGCAAAGUCUUCGCUGACUCGCCACAUGGAUGCCUUUAUGAAGUCACACAUUGCAGAUGCUAACUCAACAGCAUUUCCUGCCUACCAGGACAAUAUCAAUUUUCCCUCCCAACUAAACAAGCGCAACUCUCGGCUACCAGAAUUACACUUGCCCAGGUUCAGCUGCAGCUACGAGGAUUGGCCAGAUUUCAUUGCCAUGUACAACAGUGUCGUAGGGAACAACGAGGAUUUAAGCACUGCAGAGAAAUUUCAACACCUGCGCGCAUGCUUGGAUGGCGCGGCUCUAAACACAAUCAAAUCGUUGGAACCUGCCGAUGCCAAUUACGAUAAGGCAUUGGAGUUACUUACAAAGCGUUUUGAUAACAAAUUGCUACAUUUUCAGGGUCAUGUUCGAGAUAUUUUUGGGCUGGUAAAUGUUGAAAAAGGAUCUUCAGAAGCCCUGCGCGGUCUAAGUGACAAAAUCAACUAG